CUCCAAAAUUUCACCCUCUUUCAAGUCGAACAUGAUAUACUGUUUACAUAGUCGGAACCAUGGCGUCAAGAUUCAACUCCACCCUCCACCAACGUGAUGCGCGAUCCCAACUCUUCUCCGGCUACGAUUCCCGCCCACACUCACAAUCACCCUCAAAAGGCCACAAACCAAACGGCGGCUACGGCUAUCAAUCGUCUGGACCCUCGGGCGCAUUUUCCGCAUAUCCCGGAGGCGGAGCACCGCCGCCCGAUGCCGCGUUCCGGACCGCUACCCCUGACUCGAGAGGCCGAUACAGCGACGCCGUGCUCUCGGAAUUGGAGAGUCAGAACGAUGAUCAGGUCGAGGGGAUGAUCGGGAAGGUCAAAGUACUCAAGGAUAUCACAUUGGCGAUGGGUAAGGAGAUCCGGGACUCGUCCGCGCUGGCGGAGAAGAUGAACGACUCGUUCGAAGGCACAAGAAACCGGUUACGCGGCACGAUGAAUCGGAUGCUGAGGAUGGCUGAGAAGACGGGGGUCGGGUGGAAGGUAUGGGUUGGCUUCUUCGCGGCGGUGAUAUUUCUAUUUUGGUACGUGUGGCUCUUUUGAGCCAGCCGUACGGUGGUGGUAUAGAAGGCGCUGGGAAGUCAACCUGUGCAUAUCCGGCCUCAUGCAUUUAGAGCCCGGCGUGAAUGGCGCAUUUGAGAUGGCGUUUAAGAACAAGAUCCAGGAGCAUCCUGGCGGGGAGAAGCUUGGGCUCCCUUUCUUGUCGGCUUUUGGUAACUAUAUUAAUAGCGCAAGGUGUAAAGACGCCAGAAUAGCGUGUUCCCCUCCAUAUGCCUAGAGGAUGGUCUAGAAGCGUGAUAAUAAUGCUUUCGGUGG